AUGGAGACCCACGCUCUGCGUUUGGGCUCCCGCGAACUCCGUAGCGCAGCACCUCGGCCGCGUCUCCUCAGCAGUGGACCGCAAUGGAGUCCCGUAGAAGUUACUCCCACGCUGCCCUCUACAGAUUCAGACAGAAAUACAGAUCAGCUAAUAGCUUGCACACUCAAACCCAGUGUUUCAGCUAUCAGAAAGCUUGGUAUCUUCUCCCCAUUCCUGUGCACUAGUAAUUUCCUGCAAGUGUCUGAGCAACAUGGAAAUCAUAAGUUUGAACUGCCUUAUGGAAUAAGGAAAGCAGAACGGUUUUUUCAGAUGGCACUUUCAAGACUGAGUUACUGUGGACUGUUUGCUGAAGACAGUGGCAGUCCAUCCUGUAAAAAAUGUGUGGUCGUUGGCAAUGGAGGUGUCCUUCGAAACAAGAGUCUAGGGGAGAUAAUUGAUUCCUAUGAUGUGAUAAUCAGAAUGAAUAAUGGGCCUGUUGUAGGCUAUGAAGGAGAUGUUGGAAGGAGGACAACAUUCCGGCUCUUCUAUCCAGAGUCUGUUUUUUCAGAUCCAGUUCACUAUGAUCCCAACACAACUGCAGUUCUUGUUGUCUUCAAGACCCAUGACCUCAAAUGGCUUAAUGAUUUAUUAAGUGGACAACGUUUAAUUAGAACUUACGCCUUUUGGAAGAAACCAGCGAUGCAACUGAUUUAUAAGCCCCACCAGAUCAGAAUCCUCGAUCCUGUCAUUACCCGAAAAACAGCUCAUGAUUUGCUUCAUUUGCCCACAAAGUUCUCCAGACAUGAAAAACCCAAGCAUCCCACAACAGGAUUAAUUGCUAUUGCUUUUGCAUUUCAAAUAUGCAGUGAAGUUCACCUAGCAGGCUUCAAGUAUAACCUUGAGGACCGAAACAGUUCUUUACACUAUUAUGGCAAUGACACCAUGUUUCAGAUGACUCAGAAUGAAUACCAUGACAUUGCUGCAGAACAGCGCUUUUUGAAGGAACUUCUGGACCAUAAAACCAUAAUCAAUUUGACUGAAGAAUAAAAAAAGAACACUGCUUGUUUUUCACAAACUGAUUUUGAAAAGUGACUCUGUUAUGGGGAGGACUUCUAUUGUUGUUGUUUGUAUGAAUUAUUUAUAGCUAUUUGCCAAGGUAUU